UCUUCGGUCAAGUUCACCGCGGCGGAGUGAGGAUGCGGUAGCCGAGGCCCCGCACAGCAUCGUCCCUCCUCAGCGGCGCUUCCCUCUGCUGCUCAGACGGGUUGGUCCGCUAACUUUGGGAUUUGCCUUGGUUUUUCUUUUUUUUCUUCUUCUUCUUCUUUCUUUUUUUCUUUUUGGGGUGCCUUGGAUUGCCUCGGCGCACGGAGAGAAGACGCGGAGGAAAGAGAGAGAGGAAAAGAGAGAGAGAGAGCGCGAGAGAGAGGAGGGGGAGAGAGGAAACCCAGGAGAAGCCUCCAUGUUUCAGCUGCCCAUCCUGAAUUUCAGCCCCCAGCAGGUCGCCGGGGUCUGCGAGACUCUGGAGGAGAGCGGCGACAUCGAGCGCCUGGGCCGCUUCCUCUGGUCGCUGCCCGUCGCGCCGGCGGCCUGCGAGGUCCUCAACAAGAACGAGUCGGUGCUGAGGGCCCGGGCCGUGGUCGCCUUCCACACCGGCAAUUUCCGCGAACUCUACCACAUCUUGGAGAACCACAAGUUCACCAAAGAGUCGCACACGAAGCUGCAGGCGCUGUGGCUGGAAGCGCACUACCAGGAGGCUGAGAAGCUGCGGGGCCGCCCGCUGGGGCCCGUGGACAAAUACCGGGUCCGGAAGAAGUUCCCGCUGCCCAGAACCAUCUGGGACGGAGAGCAGAAGACCCACUGCUUCAAGGAGAGAACCCGGCACUUGUUGAGAGAGUGGUACCUGCAGGAUCCGUACCCGAACCCCAGUAAAAAGAGGGAGCUAGCACAGGCUACUGGACUCACACCCACACAGGUGGGAAACUGGUUUAAGAACCGGAGACAAAGAGACAGAGCGGCAGCUGCGAAGAACAGGCUACAGCAGCAGGUUCUCUCCGGCGGCUCGGUUCGCUCCUUGGCGGAUGAGGACGGCACGGUGGACCGCUUGGGGAACUCCUCCAGCCCGGAGGCCAGCCUGUCCAGCAAGGCGGCCGCCUCGGCCAUCUCCAUCACCUCCAGCGACAGUGAAUGUGACAUCUGAGCAGCGCGAACUGACCGAUUAAAGGGGGGAAAGACAAUCCAAUAAAACAAGUAACAGUGCCUGCGUCGAGUUGAAACACACACACACACACACACACACACACACACACACACACACACACACACACACACACACACACACACACACACACACAUAUAUAUAUAUAUAAACACUCACACACACUGACAUUUUGACGGCUGCCAAAACAUGAGGGGACCCGCCAUUCGUGGGUGCCAUUUCAGGCCUAUACGUUUGUUUGCGUGGAAACUGAAACCGGACUUUUCACGAACUACUAGCGCUUGAAGAGGAAAUUUUUUAAAAAAGGGACAUAAAUAUAUUUAAAAAAAGACAGAAAGAAGGAAUGAAAGGAGGGAUGAGUGUCCAUCCAAACCGGCCUGACCUGCUGUUCUCUGUGGGUAUUUCAUGUUGAAAAGAAGAACUGUGAUAUUUUUACUUUAAAGUUUUAUAAAUAAUGUUUAUUUGCUUAUUUAAAACGAUCUGCUCUAUUGUCUCUUCGAGUUUCAUAUUCAUUUGCUUGGUGUUUUUAAUACAUACCUUGUACACAGGUGAACCUGUUGAGCAUGCGCGCUUUAGUGACAUUGUGUUUCAGUAAAAAAAAAAAAAGCAAAAAAAGGUAAAGAUAACUUAAUAAAAUAACUGUUG